AUGUCACCAACCUCACCCUCCGCGUCAGGCGACCGAGCUGCCCAGAUCCGCCAGAAGCGGGCAAUGAGCGGGCCCUACAGCAGUGUCCAUGCGGACGCCGCUCGCCAUAGUUCAAUCCCUAUAGCGCUGAAUCUAUCCAUCUCAGAUAGGGACGACGAAGAUGGGUCAGAAGCACCUGCUGAUGAGAACGCUGGAGACGACGAGGCAUUGGAGCCGACCGACGCGUCUGUCACGUCGGAAGAUCGUUCCCUGGAGGAGGAUACCCACGUUGCGACACGCUUUACACAUGUCAUAACGGACGAGGGGCAUGCCGUCAUAACAGGAAGAGAUGGAGCCUUGCAAAGAUGCGAAGAUGAGCCCAUUCAUAUCCCAGGCGCCAUCCAAAGCUUUGGCGUCCUGCUGGCGAUGCGUGAAGAGGGUGAAGGUCAGUUUGUUGUGCGGUACGUUAGCGAGAACAGCAAAAGGCUUCUGGGUUAUACGCCCCAGCAACUUUUUCGACUCGAAAGCUUCCUCAACAUCCUGACCGAAGAGCAGCAAGACAACCUCCUAGACCAUAUUGACUUUAUCCGAGACGAGGAUGCUGACCCGGCCGCCAAUGGACCUGAAGUCUUUGGCUUGUCGAUCAAGGGGAGAAAGGAUAAAAAGAGCGUCAAGCUCUGGUGUGCCAUGCACAUCAAUUCUGUCCACCCUGACAUGAUCAUUUGCGAAUUUGAAAAGGACGAUGAUCAAGAGUUCCCUCUCCGGCCUCCGGAAGAGAUGACCGAGCCCACUACUGCCGAUACCCUGAACGGCAACCCCACGCUGGAGCAGAUCGAAGAAAGCACUGAAAUUUUGAGCAAGCCGCUGAGGAUCUUGCGAAGCGCCAGAAAAAGGCGAGGCGACCAAGGUGCAAUGCAGGUCUUUGACAUCAUGUCCCAGGUCCAAGAGCAGCUUUCCUCGGCCCCUGACCUCGAUAUCUUUCUGAAAGUUCUCAUUGGCAUAGUCAAAGAACUCACAGGCUUUCACAGGAUCAUGAUAUAUCAGUUUGACUCUGCUUGGAACGGCAAGGUUGUGGCCGAGCUGCUUGACGCUUCCAAAAGUACCGACCUGUACAAGGGACUCCAUUUUCCAGCAUCGGACAUCCCUGCUCAAGCACGCAGUUUGUACAAGGUGAACAAAGUUCGGCUACUCUACGACCGAGAUCUGGAGACUGCUAGAAUCGUAUGCCGGACCAAGGAGGAUCUCGACAUACCCCUGGACAUGACGCAUGCGUAUUUACGAGCCAUGUCCCCGAUUCACCUGAAAUACCUGGCCAACAUGGCUGUGCGGUCGUCAAUGUCCAUCUCUCUCAAUGCUUUCAACGAACUCUGGGGCUUGAUGGCAUGCCAUUCAUACGGGAAUCACGGCAUGCGAGUUUCUUUCCCGAUUCGCAAGAUGUGCCGCUUGGUGGGCGAUACAGCCUCGAGAAAUAUCGAGAGGUUAUCGUAUGCAUCCCGGUUACAGGCCCGCAAGCUCAUCAACACUGCCCCGACCGAUAAGAACCCCACUGGAUAUAUCAUUGCGUCCUCCGACGAUCUGUUGAGGCUCUUCGACGCAGACUUUGGCUUGCUUUCCAUUAGGGGGGAAACGAAGAUUCUAGGCGUCAUUGAACAGAGCCAAGAAGCUUUGGCCAUGCUUGAAUACCUUCGGAUGCGUAGACUGACAUCGGUGGUUGCGUCGCAAGAUGUUAGAGAAGAUUUUCCAGACUUGCAGUACCCCCUUGGCUUCCAGGUAAUCGCAGGACUGCUCUACGUCCCCUUGAGUGAGGGUGGUCACGACUUCAUCGUGUUUUUCCGCAGGGGACAAAUUAAGGAAGUUCGAUGGGCGGGAAACCCAUACGAAAAGACGCUUAGAGAAGGCACCGUGGGCUAUCUCGAGCCUCGAGCAAGCUUCAAGACAUGGAAUGAGCUCGUCAUCGGCAAAUGCCGCGAAUGGGUGGAGGAGCAAAUUGAAACCGCAGCGGUGCUCUGUUUGGUCUAUGGCAAAUUCAUCGAGGUCUGGAGAGAAAAAGAAGCUGCUAUACAUAAUACUCGGCUGACGAGACUUCUCCUGGCCAACUCGGCGCACGAGGUCCGCACGCCGCUUAACGCCAUUAUCAAUUACCUCGAAAUUGCUCUUGAGGGAUCCCUUGAUCAGGAGACCAGAGACAAUCUCGCCAAGUCGCACUCAGCCUCAAAGGCGUUGAUCUAUGUCAUAAACGACCUCUUGGACCUGACUAAGACAGAGGAAGGCCAUCAUUUGGCUGUCCAGGAGACCUUUGAACUUCUCCCAUGUGUCAACGAAGCUCUGGAUCCGUUCCGCAUCGACGCUGAGAGAAAGGGAAUUGACUAUCAGGUCGCGCACCAUCCUGGGCUGCCUCGCUUUGUCAUGGGUGAUAGCCGGCGGGUUCGUCAAGUCAUCACGAAUAUCACAGCAAACGCGAUAGCGCAUACGACUUCCGGAUAUGUGAACGUGGAUAUCUUCGUGGCAGGAAUUAGGGAAGAUCGCCAAGUCCUUAUCGAGAUUGCCGUUGAAGAUUCGGGCAGCGGCAUGACACCUUUGCAGAUGGACGGCCUCUUCCGUGAUCUUGAGCAAGUGGGCACCGAAGAGUUGGAGCUGCGUUCGCCUUUUGAAGAGAAAGAGAAAGCGCAGCAACAGAUGAAGACUUUAGGGCUCGGCCUGGCUGUCGUUGCUCGUAUCCUCAAAAAUGCAGGCGGCCAGCUGCGGUUGAAAUCCAAAGAAGGGGAGGGUUCCCGAUUUGUGAUCCAGUUGCCGUUUCAGCUGCCCAAAGAAUCGCCAGAGAUGGAGGGCGAGGCUUCUACGAACGGCAUCGUCUCUUCCAGCGAAGCGAUUUCGGCGGCCAAGUCAGAGCCUCUGGCGAAAGCAGGUGAGAUACUCCUGAUUGACCCCAAUAAAAACACAAGCGAGGCAGGGUCUAUGGAACGGCGGAGCAUUGAAAGCCGCCGAAGUGGUAUAAGUCAGGAUGGGAGCCAGAGGAGCCAGAGGAGCGACGCGGACCGCCUGAUCGAUGCCAUCAAGACUUCGUUAUCUAUACAAGACAAGGAGCUGGAUUACUUCGCCGCUGGCCAGCUGCCCACAACCGCAAACUUCGCCGGCACUAGCUUUCCUGUUGCCUUGAAAGAGCCUCUUGUCAACAGGCUGACACCUGUUGACGAGGAUGCUGGCGCCGCGAAGAUCCGUGACACGAGAAUGCCUGUCCGCGCGAUCAAAGUUCCAGACGAAUACAUCGACAUACCCCCUGCGGCCAUGCAUCACAGGACAGGGAGUGUCUCUGAAGCCGAUACCGAUGCAACAGAAUCAAAAGGCCCAACGGGUGCCAUUACCAGCGCUGCUGCAGAUGGCAUCAUCGCACUUCGCGUGCUUGUCGCCGAAGAUGAUCCCAUCAACAUGAAAAUUCUCAAGAAGCGACUUGAAAGGAGUGGUAAUACAAUCCAGCAUGCCGUGAACGGACAGGAUUGUGCAGCAAGAUAUAACGACGGCUCGUCUGCGUUUGACGUCGUCCUGAUGGAUAUGCAGAUGCCGAUUGUCGAUGGCCUGACUAGUACUAAGCUAAUCAGAGCAAUGGAAACAUCAACCGAGCACAAGGGCCACUCGCCCCUGGCCUCCCGAUGUGGUCGCAUACCAAUCUUCGCAGUGUCGGCCUCUCUAGUCGAAGAGCUCAAAGACAUUUACGUCGAGGCGGGCUUCGACGGAUGGAUCCUAAAGCCCAUCGAUUUCAAGAGGCUCGCCACCCUUCUUCGCGGCAUUUACGAUGACGAAACGCGCAAGUCGUGUAUAUACGUUCCCGGAGAGUGGGAAAGAGGGGGCUGGUUCACGGAAUCCUCCAAAGAAGUGGUCGUGAGCCAGUGA